AUGGCGUCAACCGUAUCGAGGUCGGCGGAGCCUCCGUCGUUUUCGACUUCAUCAGCCUCUACCAGACCUACUUCGGUAGGUUCGAAAGAUGACGAGGAUCUCCCAACAAUCCCCUUUACGAACGUCCAGGAUCUGUUCGACGUCAUUAACUCCACUACUAAGGAUGCUCUUACUGUUACACACGUCUCUCCUACCCAUUUUGCCGACAUUGAACGUGAGCGAGACAAGCGCCGCCAUAAGUUCCGUUUCCGCCGGUACAAUAGCGACUCCCAGAUCCUAUUCAUUACAAUCCCUACCGACGUUCAUGAAGCACUCCACGUCGGGAUUUACGAAGGGUACCGUGACCAACUUGUCAGAAGUGGUAGCGAGAGGGGCUGGACUACAAUCGCUUCGGCUACACGCCGAGCACACCAUAGUCACCCCGGAGGAAAUGGGGGCGAAGGUGAUUCUACUGGCGGCCCAAAGCCAGAACGUCAUACCAAAGGUGCCUGGCCAACACUUGUCGUCGAGGCAGGUGUCUCUGAGUCACUGAACGAGUUGCACGACGAUAUGCGGUGGUGGUUUGCGGCCUCAAAUUACAACGUCAAGAUUGUUCUUCUCGCCAAGUUCGAGCAUGCUCACGGCACUAUCACCUUAGAGAGGUGGGAGGAGGAAGCAAGGGGUACUCGUCCCGGAGCCACGACGACACGACACCUCGCAGCCAUUGAGCCCGUCCGCCGUCAAAUCAUCACGAUCACACAGGAUCUCACUACCGACCCAAUAUCAUACCUUGUCACUAGUGGUGCAUUGGUAUUAGAUUUUAGGCUCCUGUUCCUUCGAGAUCCGGGCCCUGGAGAGGGAGACGUUGUCUUGAGUGUUCAGCAACUGGAGGCAUACGCGGGAGAUGUUUGGGCUGUUGUGUAA